ACGACCGGAAGUUCCAUAUUUCGUAAGGUAACCUAGGCAGACAUCUGACAAGAUGCACCCUGACUUGUCACCUCAUUUACAUACAGAAGAAUGUAACUUCUUGAUUAAGGCCUUCAGAAGUUGUCAGGAUCAGCAUGGCUUUCUAAAAUAUGUUGGAUACUGCGAUCCCCUGUUUGCAGAUGUACAGAAAUGUCUGAGACAAGAGAGAAUUAAUCGAAGAUUAGAGUACCAAGAAACUGGAAAAAGUAAGAUGAGAGAAUACAGAGAAAGACGAGCAAAGGGAGAUGUGUAGACACCAAUGGACUUGUGCACGAGUGAAUGGACUUGUGUGCGCGAGUGAAUGGACUCUUGCGCAGGUGAAUGAACUUGUGAGCUGGUAAAUUGUCUUGUGUGCGCGAGUGAAUGUACUCUUGUGCGGGAUGAUAGACUUGUGUGCACAGGUAAAUGGACAUGCAUAAGUGAAUGGACAGGUUUUUGAUGUGGAGAUGCGAUUGUACACAUUACAAAAGUGAUAGGAUGUGGCAAUAUAAUUUUUGUAAAAAAAAAAAUCCUCUUGGGUUAAACCAGUAUGUUGUAUUUUGUACCAAUAAACUGACAUUUGUGAAUUGAGACAGCCA